UGUUCUCAAGACGAAGCUGUCUGUUAGCUCUGAGUGUCUCAGAGUGCUCCAAAUGAGACACCAGACGUCUGAGAGAACCGUAGAAAAGCCUAGAGGUGGAUGUUAUCAGUGCAGAUGCAGCGUUGAUAGCAAAGUGUCUCGAGUGGCUUGGCUCAACCGAACCACCAUUCUGUUCGCAGGCAGGGAGAAGUGGACUUUGGAUCCUCGCGUGGUCCUGAUGGAAAACACCGCCGUCACAGAAUACAGCAUAAAGAUCCAGAACGUUACCGUUCAUGACGAGGGACCUUACGUCUGUUCCAUUCUGACCAACAAGAAGCCCAAAUCCACCAAGGUGCAUCUCAUCGUCCAAGUUCCUGCCAAGAUAACCAAUAUAUCGAAGGACGUGACGGUGAACGAGGGCAGCAACGUCAACCUGAUGUGCCAGGCGGUGGGGCGACCCGAGGCCGGCAUCGCAUGGAGGCAUCAGUCGCCGAGGG